GCUUAGGUGUGCUCUGGAGACACUCAACAACAUGUCUGCUGUUUGUGUUAUAAGGCACUGAUUUCACUAUGUUAUUGUUCACAAGCUCAAGGAUUUACGGUGUGACAGAGUCCCUGAAGCACCAAUAACUGAAAGUAUGAAAAGGAAAAUGAGGAGCUAUAUCUCAUCCACACAACUAAACAUGCCUGCGCCGUUCUGUCUCUGCUGGAUUUUGUUCCUUCUGCAUAUAUCAGCAUCGUCUGCUUCCAACAUUUCAACCCAGAUUCAGCUUUCAAAUGCAACUGUUCUUCAAGGCGAGGAAGACACUGGCUGGGAUUCACCAUUUCUUCAGCUGAGAGAAAGUCUACUGUCCUACACGCAGCCACUCUGCCCAUACACCCUGCUGACGAACGCUGAAGACUACCACUACAUGCCCAAACCAAGACAUCGCCGUCCUUCUCUCCUCCUGCGUCUUCUGGGAUCCUCUUUUGACCCGAUUUGGAUGUCCAUAGAGCAGCCGUCUGAAGCCUCUAGGGGUCCUGGUGAUGGUCAACCUCUGGGUAAUGUGUCACUGCUUGCAAAAUUAUCAAUCACUGCCAGGAAUAAGCAUAGCCUGAGUGCUUCUCCAGAGACGAGAGAGGCUGCAGAAAACCAUCGGCAGAAGUUGGCGAAGGAAGCAGCAGACCUGGACCUCGGUUCUCUGCCCUCACAUGUCGCCAGCUCAGUCAGAAACUGGCUGGUGCGCUCAGCCACUUGUGGAUUAAGCUACCAAUGGGUGGAUCUGGGUCCAGCUUUCUGGCCACGCUGGUUGAGGCAGACAGAUUGUGAGAGAGCAGAUGGAGUGCGAAGUUGCUCCUUUCCUGGUGGGAUGGAGUGCGUGCGAGCUCAGAUGGCUCGCAUAAAGAUUCUGGCUUGGCACUGCUUGGAAAUCGGAGAGGGAGUCGGUGGGCCGAGAAGGAUUAAAGCAGACAGGCCUGAUGGCAGCACUGAGAUCGGGAUGGGUGAAGCCAUGAACAGAUGUAUAUGGAGGCAAGUGCCUUAUCCUGUGGUCACUGCAUGUACAUGUUCAUGUAAAUCAGGGGUGUCAAACUCGAUCACGGAGAAGGCCAACAGUAAAAACCGGGACUAGGUCGAGGGCAAAACAGGGUCAACAUUUAUUGAACAGGAUAGACCUAUUGGAUAAUAUUCAUAUUAGGGCCUUGAAUUUGACAUGUCUGAUGUAAAUUAAUGUUUUUUCUCACUAAGGCCUACAAUUUUCAAUUCUCAUCUUCUUUCUAUAUGCAUAUGUAUUUUAUAAUGUCAUUGAGUUGUUAUUGAUGAAAUCAAAAUUGUGUUAACUGGUUUUCCAAAUCAUCACAUCUUAUAGCUUAUUCCCUCAGUAAGACAUUGAAUGUACCUGACUGGCUUCAGGCUGAAUUUAAUAAAAAAUAUUCUCUCCUGAUAAAUUGUUAAAUUGUUUUCAGCUAAAUGUUAAGUGCAUGUGCGGUGAUAAAAUAGUGUUAAGGCUACUCUUCAUUCUGUAAUGGUCUGGGGGUUAUAAACUUCAACUUUUUGGUCACAAGUUUGCCUCUCCAAGUACAUGUCUGGUGUCGGUAACAUUAAACUGUUGUUUGGUACAGCUCCAAUGGCUCUGAUUUACAUCAUGUGGGAAAUUCAUGUAUCGGUGGUUCCAUCGUGUCUUCAGCAGACUUCUUAACUCUCUUCUAUCACUUUUUCACAAUUAGCAUAGGGAUACUUAGAGUGUGACAUACUUGUUUUCUGUUGCAUCAAACUAACUUUAAAAUGUCAACCUAAAAAUAAUAUAUUUCCUAUCCUAAAAUAGAAAAUCCAAGAGAAAUUGGCAUCCUGUUGGAUCCUACAGAGAGGGUGUUUUUUCUUUUGUAUUUAGGAUAAUACAUACAAGCAACUAAAGAUGUUUAACUGCUGAAAAGA